AUGCGUGAAUACAAAUUGGUGGUUCUUGGCAGCGGAGGUGUUGGCAAAUCUGCCCUGACAGUGCAGUUUGUGCAGAGUAUUUUUGUGGAAAAAUACGAUCCUACUAUUGAGGAUAGCUACAGGAAGCAAACCGAAGUUGACGGACAACAGUGUAUGCUGGAGAUUCUAGAUACUGCCGGCACAGAACAAUUCACCGCAAUGCGUGAUCUCUACAUGAAGAAUGGCCAGGGCUUUGUUCUUUGCUAUUCCGUCACUUCUCAGUCAACAUUCAAUGAUUUGACUGAUCUCUACGAGCAGAUUCUUCGUGUAAAGGAUACUCCAGAGGUGCCACUUGUCCUUGUGGGCAACAAAUGUGACCUUGAUAAUGAGCGUGUUGUGGGCAGGGAGCAGGGUCAACAUUUGGCCAGAAAAUGGAAAUGUACUUUUAUAGAGACUAGCGCAAAGGCCAAGGUCAAUGUCAACGAAGUGAGUCGGAUUGCCCUUUUUUGCAUUAUUUCUUCCUCUCUGAUUUCCUACUUUCAUUACAUUUUACCGCAAUAUUAUUAG